UUAUCUAUGGCGAAGAUUCUUAUUAUUGAACCAUUCUAUGGAGGCUCUCACAAACAGUUAUUGGACACAAUUCUGGAACAGUUUCACCCAUCCGAAUAUGAUCUGUUUACGUUAACCGCAAAAAAGUGGCACUGGCGUUCCCGUAUAGGAGCUCUUUAUUUCUCGGAGACAAUACCACGGGACCAUCAGUACAAAACAUUGUUCACGAGCUCCGUACUCAAUCUGGCCGAGUUGGUCGGCCUUCGACCGGAUUUAUCGGCUUGCCGUAAAAUUGUAUACUUCCACGAGAACCAACUCAAUUAUCCUGUUCGCGAGAUUAAAGAACGGGAUUGUCAGUAUGGGCUGAAUCAAAUAAUGACAUGCCUAAGCGCGGACCAAAUUGUGUUCAACUCACAGUAUAACAUGACUUCCCUGUUGGAUAAUAUCAAAAGUUUUCUGAAUAUAGCACCGGAUCUGAAGCUGAAAAAUUUGAAGGAGAAACUUGAACCGCGGUGCGAAGUGCUUCACUUUCCCAUUCCGUUCCACAUGAUACCCAAGCGAAUUUUGACUAAGAAUGAUAAACCGCUGCAUCUAAUAUGGCCCCAUCGUUGGGAACAUGACAAGAAUCCUCAGUUUUUAAUCAACACGCUACUAGAAUUGAACAAACGGCAGGUGGACUUCCGUGUUUCCAUUCUUGGAGAAAGAACGCAGUCGAUUCCAGAGUGCUUCGAAAACAUUGGCGAUCUGCUAAAGGAGAAACUCAUUAAUUUUGGUUUUCUGAGCAAGGACGAAUAUUAUCGAACGCUGUUGGAUGGCGAUGUGGUAAUCUCAACAGCUGGUCACGAGUUUUACGGAGUUGCGAUGUUGGAGGCUGCUUACUGUGGGUGUUUACCAGUCGCACCCAACAAGCUAGUGUAUCCAGAGAUCUACCCCAGCAACAGUUUGUACAACACUUCGAAUCAAUUGAUUAAAAUGCUUUACAAUUGGUGCAAAAAUCGGACACUGUUCGAGCGAGAGCGUGCCAUUUUCUACGAGAAAUUCAACUUCGACUGCUAUUCUUCCGUGACCAUUGUCCCAAAGUUCAUAUCGAUGAUCAAAGCGCAUAUCAAUACGAGUAGCUGUAACGGGAUUUAGAUACGGGAUGCGCCGUAAAAUAGUUGCAUUCACCCUUAUUAUCGUACUAGGUGAAAUUCUUCCAGUUGUAUCGAAUGAAAAACCAGACCAUAGUGCAAUCUCGCGCCAAUUAUAUUAUAGUCAAGGGGCACAAAUUAGCGUUCAUCCUUAAUAAUAACUUUAACGACGUAUGUUGUUUUGAUUUAGCAAUUGAUUUAUUUGUUCUCUACGUUUUUGAUUGUUUAAUUUUUUUCGAAAGACAGGAAUUGCCUUAUGGAAUACUUUCUGAUUUAUAGGUUGUUUAUUAUGUAUAAAUAUAUUUCCAAACACACAGGUUUCUGUAUUGUAUAUUACAAUACAUCAGAAAACACUAUGGAUAAUUGAAAAGCUGAUAAUCAAUUUAUUGACAGAUAAAUAAUUCUAACUCUUAAAAUAUAGUUUUGUUGAAAAUUACAUUCGUUUCCGUCCGAAAUCUUGUUCAUGAAACGUAGCAUAUCGCAGCCAUUUGAUGGAUAACCGCAUUAGAGGAAGUCUGCAGCACAAGAAUAAACCAAUUAAUCAGCUGUACUGCCGUUCUACGCAUAGUUGUCCCAUGUUCCAAAAUCAGGAACUGAGAAAAACGAAAUCAAAGUUUUCUAGCAUAUUUGUCUACCAGAAGCUUUAAGCAUUUUAGUUUAGCAAUGCACCCGUUUUUUUAUAAGCAGUAAACUAUUGUUUAAUGGAAUGUGAAAAGUUCCCCCAACUUGAAUCAACC